AAAAAAACAGCAAACUACACGAUUAUCAAUGGGAUCAUUUGAAGUCAAGUCUUAUAUGGGUUCAUUUGCCGUUGGCGAAAUUUUGGAGUCUGGUGGUAUUAGUGAAGUGAUUAAGAGUAAUAAUCCAAAAUAUAAAGUUGGUGAUUUAUAUUCUGGAGUGGUUGGUAUAUUGGGUAUGCCUGGUAUGACAGCUUAUACUGGAUUAUUUAAAAUCGGCCAACCAAAAAAAGGCGAAACGAUUUUUGUUUCAGCGGCAGCGGGUGCAGUAGGUCAAGUUGUUUGUCAAAUCUCUAAAAUGUUGGGUUUAUGUGUUAUUGGAUCUGCUAGUAAUGAUUCCAAAAAAUUGGAUGAACUAUGUCCAAACGGAAUAGAUAUUUAUUGGGAUAAUGUUGG